AUGGCAUCCUCACUUUCUCUUAAAGGAUCUACGAGGAUAGUGACUGAAUUCUUUGAGUACAGCAUCAAUUCGAUACUCUAUCAGAGAGCCGUCUACCCGCCUGAAGAUUUCGUUACAGUUAGGAAGUAUGACCUCAACUUAUUAAAGACACACGAUGAUGAACUGAAGAGUUAUAUCCGCCAAAUCUUGUUACAGGUUCACAGGUGGUUGUUAGGCGGCAAGUGCAACAAACUAGUGUUAUGCAUAGUGGAUAAGUCAACCUGUGAUAUUGUGGAGCGCUGGGAAUUUGAUGUCCAGCAUAAUGGCCAGGAAAGUUACACAGAACAAACGAAGGAAGUUGAGAAUGCAGAGACCCAAAAGCAAAUAAGGGCCUUGAUGCGCCAAAUCACAGCAAGCGUUACUUUUUUGCCUGAACUUGAAGAGAAUGACAAUUAUACCUUUAAUGUCUUAGCUUAUACCGACGCCAACGCAAAGGUACCUCUCGAAUGGGCAGAUUCAGAUUCUAUGGAUAUCCCUGAUGGCGAAAGAGUUGAGUUCAGAAGUUUUUCCACAAACAACCACAAGAUUCGUACACAGGUUAGCUAUAAGAUGAAUAUCUGA